AUGGGAAAGCUCAACUAUCUCGCGAGACGCAUUAGUGGUCUCAAGGCAGGCCAAGCCGUGUCCAAAGACCUGAAAAAGCGUUUCCCUCCCGGUACAGGCUCUAAGUCCGCCGCACGAGACCCCUUUGUCGAGAUCGAUGUGACCGGCAAGGCUUUGACAGACGAUGGUAUGGCGCAAUUCAUCGACGAUCUGGUGGACUGCCUCGAGUUCAGAGACCAGGACCAUCCAACCGGACUGGCCAGAGUCACUGAGCUCCAUUUGCAAGGCAACUUGUUGACUGUCAAUUCACUGCCCAAACUGGCUGAGGUGGUGGCCCUGAGUGCCGGAGAUCUUCGAGAGCUGGACCUAUCCAAUAACAACAUCCAGAUCGCGACUCCCGAGGAGAUCGAGAAGUGGGUGGCUUUUUUGGAGUCAUUCCAGAAGUGUUUCAUGCUUCGAAAGCUUGACCUGGGCGGCAAUGCUCUGGGUCGUGCGGGCAUGGAGCAUCUUGCACGCAUCUACAUGAAAAGCGACUUGGACUUUCUUGAGGAUGAUGCUCAUGAAGUCAUUAGUAGUGAGUAUGACGAACAGGAAGAGUCAACCGAAACGAAUGCCCUUGCCGAAGGUGUCGCUCGAAUGAAGCUGGUGGCUGGAAAGGAGAACGAACCCUCUCGUUCGAAGAAGUCCCCUUACAAGCUCAAAUCGGAGCUGAAGAACGGUAAGUCAGAGUUCCGCUGUCACACUUACGAAGAGUUGAAGAAGUACGCCUGCACGCGCGGCCUGCGUUCGAUCCCCCACUUGCUCUUGACAAAUGUCUCAAUGACAAGUAACAGUGCCAUUCACUUGGUGCCUAUGCUUGAUAUUCAACGUGCCCCCGAGCCGUUGCUGAGUUUCCUCCCCGUUGUCGGAAAAGCCGUGACCCUGCCAGAGGCCGCCACAUCUAGCAAAAGCAUCAUCUGGCGACCCAAUGACGAGCUAGCUCCUCAUGUCCUGAGAAUGAUUGAGGUAGCCGAAGAGCUUCAGCAGUUUCAGCAGUCGAACGAGGCAAGCGAUGCUUCGAGUGAGGCCAGCGGAGAUGUCGACAAUGCUGCCCAAAUGAUGUUGCAGAGCAAGCUGAGAACCGAGUUCACUCGGGUCUGCAAGCGUGUCCGUCUUGAAGUUAUCAAGGCCGACGGCAUCCACAGUAGCAUGAUCUGGUCCACCGCUGUGAAGAUGAUGCUAGUCUCACGCGCUCUGCUGCUGGAGGAUAAGGACCGUCCCUUGGACGGCGAUGACGACGACGCCCUAGAGCGCAUGCCUAUGCCCAAGCCACGUGAAGGUCGAGUCGUCUCUUUGCCCAUUGACGACAGUGAAGAUAGCUCAUCGGGAGAGCCCACGUACUACCAUGUCGAGGAUGCCAUGCCCUCGGGCCCCUUCCACCCCAGUGCCGUUGCUUUCGACCAGCAGUUUCCUAAUCUACCAUCGACCACCCAGAGUGCUUCUACAACCCGACGUGUGCCUUCUAGCGAUAUUGCUGAAGCGAACCAGCCCAGAAAGGGCCCUUCACCUCCUCAGCCCCCUGCGACAGCCAGUCGUCGACGUGUCCGCGGCUGCAGCAAGCUGGAUUGGCGUUAUGAUCUUCCCUUCAAGGUCUGGCGUCGUAUCAUCGCUGAAGCGGUGGGGGCAGAUGGCGUCCUGGACCUCGAGCAACAGGGUCGCAUCAUGCACUACGCAAGUGAUUGGGAUGUCGUUGCCUACGGAAUGCAGAUCAAGGGUGCCGAAAUUCACCAGCAGCUCUGGAAGUUCUUGGAGUCCGUUGGUUGUUUCACCUACAGCCCCUUGUGAGCUUGAAUCGCCG